GGCCGGGGCGGGGGCUCCGGGGAGACCAUGCCCGGAGGCCGGCCGGCCGCAGCAUGGCUCACGGGCCCGGCGCUCUGAUGCUCAAGUGCGUGGUGGUCGGCGACGGGGCGGUGGGCAAGACGUGCCUGCUCAUGAGCUAUGCCAACGACGCCUUCCCCGAGGAGUACGUGCCCACCGUCUUCGACCACUACGCAGUCAGCGUCACCGUUGGGGGCAAGCAGUACCUCCUGGGACUCUAUGACACAGCCGGACAGGAAGACUAUGAUCGUCUGAGGCCUUUAUCUUACCCAAUGACUGAUGUCUUCCUCAUAUGCUUCUCUGUGGUAAAUCCAGCCUCGUUUCAAAAUGUGAAAGAGGAAUGGGUACCCGAACUUAAGGAGUAUGCACCAAAUGUACCCUUUUUAUUAAUAGGAACUCAGAUUGAUCUCCGAGAUGACCCCAAAACAUUAGCAAGACUGAAUGAUAUGAAAGAAAAACCAAUAUGUGUGGAACAAGGACAAAAACUAGCAAAAGAGAUAGGAGCAUGCUGCUAUGUGGAAUGUUCAGCUUUAACCCAGAAAGGACUGAAGACUGUUUUUGAUGAGGCUAUCAUAGCCAUUUUAACUCCAAAGAAACACACAGUUAAAAAAAGAAUAGGAUCAAGAUGUAUAAACUGUUGUCUGAUUACGUGAGAAACAUCUUCAGUGGCCAAGGCAACUAUUUCUUUCAGAAGCAUUGGCUAUGCCCAGAUUUGUCAUAAUGAAGCAGUUUAAAACUUGGGGGGAGGGGAAAUGGGUCCUCAAAAUUCUAUGAAGUUGAUUAAGAAUGUUUCUUAAAGGUCUAAGAAGCAGCAAACAGCAUCUGAAGCCACAAUCUAUUAUAAAUACUUUAUUUCCACUAGAAGGUACAAUCUCUCAGGGGUUUCAUAGUUUAAAAAGCUACAAUCACAUCACGUUGAAACUACAUAAAAAUCAGUGCUGUAAAUGGAACUGCUUGGCUUUGACCAUCUACAUUUCUGCACAUCUCUUGCAGAAUCUGCACAAAGAAUUAUCUUCUCCCUUUGUUCCUCUUAAUUGUUCUUAUAUGUCAGUUGCUUUCUAUUCCAGUAUAUCCAGAGUGGUGAAAUGAAAAGGCCAGCCACGUAGCCAAAGGUCGCUCCAAGUGUACAGGAGAUGGGCCAUACCUGAGGACAGAAUGUAUUGAAAUCAAAAAGGACAAAUGUUUUAUUAUUACCUGAGCACAAGUUAAGUGUAACCUAAAUAUUUCUCUAUUAAAGCUUAUCAUGCUUCCUUUAAGAAUGCCAAAAGUGUACUAAGGUCAUAAAUGCAUUCAUCAUGAACACUAAAAAAAAAUUUACACAUUUUAGUUAAAGUACAUUAAACUGUAACAAGGCUUCUGGCAAUAGAUUUAGUUUGAUGCUUCCCAAACUGCAUGAGAUACAUGCUAAAUUUACAAAUUAAAAUUCUGGGCCAGACUCUGCCAUCAUUCUACUCUACUUACCUUUCUGAAAUAGGUGAUAAUUUUUUUAAUUUCACAUUGACUGUGCACAUUAAAUGAAACAACAAGUGUGUAUGCUGACCAAACCACAGGAGAGUCUCUGUAAGUUGCACAAAAGAGGAAAAACCUAGACUCAAAGCAUGUUACAUGGAAUCUUUGACAGCAGCUGCUUCCACAAUAAAGAUGUCACCCUUCAGCUAGCUGUUGGAACCACAGAAGUUACAGAACCACAACUUAGAUGUACACCUAGAGUAUAAGUGAAGUGGACACUCCUAGCUUCCAAACACCUAUUUUCUCCAGUUGUAUUACCUUUCCCAAUAUUACAUUAAGCCAGAAGUAAAUAAUGUGGUUUAAUCAGAGGCAGUAUCUGUUAGUCCCUAGGUGAAAGGCUCUGCUUUAAAAAAAAAAAAAUUGGAAGCAAACUUUCAUGUUCAUCUGUAAGUGUGUUUGGUAUGCUGGAGUUGUUUUUAAUCUGUACCUGGGAAAAGAGGUCAUAGAAUUGUGUUAAGAGGUGAACUAUCUUAAUAAUGGGUUCUGUUACCUAAUUCAGCUUCUUUCCUUCAUCUGCUGUGGAUCUGCCUUAUACCAAAUGCCAUGCAACAGAGCUUUAGUGGGAACUAGCUAAUGCAGUUUAGAGAAGCAUGAUCUAACCCAGUUUUUCCAGACUUUCUUACACUUGAACCUGCUGUAGCCUAAAUGGUGAUUUCUUUAUCUUUGGUGGACUUUUGUUCAUUUCUGUGACUUGCGCUUAUCGCUUUGUCUGCUGCACAAAUUGGGUAAUGGAACACUAAACACUGAUACUUGAAAACGACAGCCUUAAAUGCUCCUAUCAGUCACAAAUCUAUGAUGUACUGUCUUGUAUGUGAGCUUCCCCAUGGAAGAGUGGAGAGCCUACUGGAGAACUAGCCAGGAGCUUUCUCUCAGAACUGGACAUUGGAUGUCUUAUUUCUUCCCAAGAAACAGUGAUUCAUAUAAAGUCUCAUGGCCUUAUGUAUGCUCAAAUGGAAUCUUCUGUAAUUUCUCAUUUAAUUUUUGUCUAUUUUUAGAUAGAAUUGAAAGGAAUUGUGUAACUCAAUUAACAUAUUAGCUAAGUUGUCCAACACAUGGUAUAAAGGAAUUAAGACAGUAAAGUAUUAUGCAUUUCCAAUUUGCCUUUGGAGAUUUGAUGGGGAUUUUUUUUUUUCAAACUUACAUCUCUGAAACCUUUCACUAGGCAUUGAAAUCUGGAAUCUAAGAUAAAUGGAUUAGGAACCUGGACAUACAAAGUGUUAUUACUUCUUGUUUCUGGACUGGGCCUCAAUUUCCUCAUCUUACUACAAUUAGAGGAGGUGAAAGAGAUACUUUGUAGUGUCUCACCCAAUUGUCAGCUUUUACCAUUCUCUUCUUUCCCAUUCACAGAAAUCAUUGUGGGACCUGACCUUUCAUGUUCUCCAGACAGUAAGAAUCAUGUAUAUAGAUUAUUAAAACUCUAAGCAAAGAUGAUUGUAUCAUCUGAACCUGAGGUGCCUUAGGUACUCUAUUGACCUUGAUGGGGUUUGGAGUUUCCCAUUGCUUAUUAAGAGCUCUUUGUGUUGUUUAUUUAGCCUUUCUUUUUGCAAAGUAUUUCUUGCCACUUAAACUAAAAACCAAAGAUUUGUUUUCUAUUCAUAAGCAGGUUGUAGAAAAAUGCCUUAUUUUUAGAAGCAUGUCUUCAUUAAAGGCUUAGGUUUCAAUAGAAAUUCAGACAAAUCUCUGGAAUGACUUUCAAACUAGUGAGUUAUCUAGGAAAUAAUAUACUUUAGAAAUAUUUUAUUAACAUGAGCUUUGUUAGUAAAUGCAGAUACACUGCUUUCAGUAAGGUUGUAUAUGAAAAAAAAAAACAUUCUAUCCAUACAGGUACAUUUUAGGUUACCCAUGUUGAAUUAUCAUUUCUAAUAAGUACAACCUGAAUUAAUGGUAUUUGUGAUGAAUUAUCUUAGAUACUGCUUCCAUUUGGUUUUUAAUUAUUAAUUUAAAUACUAUAUUAAGUACUGGUUUGUUGGAUAUUGCUUUUUAAAUGAUUGUUAUUUUAACAGUGUCCCUUCUUAAUUCCUGGGGUUACAAAUAAAAUGAUAUGCAUAGUUUACUA